CAAUACCCCUAUUUUGGUAGCUCCAUGAGAUAUGAGAUUCGUAUGAUGUCACAGAACAAAAAUUGAUGUGCUACAAGGCCACUGAAAUUGUCGCGUGGUUCCAUUUCCAUAGAAGAAGAAGCAAAAAAAAGAGCAUUGUAGCGUUUCAAGUUGAUCAUAAAUGCAAGUGCGUUACUCCUACGUUCGAAGACUAUGCUCUGUGCUCGGUUCACCUUCAGCCAAACGCGGCACUACCAAAACUCAAUCUUCUUCUUCUUCUUUAGCCAAGUUAUUCGUCGAUGACGAUUCCACGCUGUCAAGCCUCAAGCUUAAGCGACCCUCUGAUUCAGGUGAUUCGUCUAAUGGGGUGUUUAAGCAUAUUUCUUCUAUUUUCUAUGCUGAUAAGUCGGCCAAGAAACCUGAUUCUGAGGAAAUUGAUGGAGAAAAGAAGUUUGAAAACAUGUCAAAUCUAUCAUGGUUGUCAAGUGUAUUUCAAAGCAAUGUAUUACUACAAUGGAAAGAGCAAUCUCGUAAAAAGAAACAAAAAUGUGUGUUUGACUUCACUCAAGAAAGCCGUUUUCAGAAGUUAGUUGAAGUCUGCGCAAGGAUACUAGGACCAGAGGCUACCAUUGAGUUGUUUGGUAAAGUGGGACGAGAACCAGAUGUGAAAGGAUACAAUACAUUGGUAGAAAUGUGCAUAGAUAAAGCCAGGGGAACUGAUGACAAAGACAUUGCAAUACAAGAACUGGGGAAGGUUUUUAACCUUUUCAAAUCAAUGAGGGAACAAGGUUUAGAGUUACAAGAGCAAACAUAUCGCCCCCUUCUUUUGUAUCUGAUUGACAUGUGUAUGGUUGAGGAAUUUCAAUUUUUCUGUGUUGUUAUCGAAGAUGAGAAUCCCAGUUCAGUUGCAAGACUGGGUUACUAUGAAAUGUUGCUGUGGUUAAAAGAUAAUAACGAAGAAAAGAUUCAAGGUAUUUGUGACAAUAUUGCAGAGAAUAAAGGUGAAGAUACAUCUGAUAUACAAGAAAAUUAUUUAUUAGCUCUUUGUGAAAGUGAACGGAUGGAGGAGAUUUUGAAGCUACUGGAAAUCAUAGACAUAAAAAACCUUUCAUCUGCUGAAUCAGUAGCAAAGGUAUUUCAAGCAUUAGGAAGAUUACUAUUGGAACCUGUAGCGGAGAAGUUCCUUUUAGACUUCAAAACAAGUGAUCAUGAAGCAGAUAAUAUUACAGACUUCAUUGCUAGUUAUGCUGUUAGCAUUCCAGAUUUAUCAGUUAAGGAUGUCAUAAAAAAAUUCAAAGAUUUGCACCAAAGACUAGAAGUUUCACCAUCAUCCUCCUCAUACGAGAAGCUCAUUUUACAUAGCUGUGCAUUGCUCAAGGUACAUGUGGCGCUUGAUAUUGUCGAUGAAAUGUGUGAAGCAGGCUUGACUCUAUCAACCAAGGUGUUACACUCAAUAUUACAAAUUUGUGAUGAUACAUCUGAAUAUAAUUUGGUCCAUCGAAUCUUCUCAACCAUACAUCGCUACAAUUUGGAAUCAAAUGAUGAAACAUUCAGAUCUAUGAUAGACUUGUUCUUGAAGAUGAAAGAUAUUGAAGGUGCAUAUAAGAUGCUUGAUGAUUUGGGGAAAUUAAAUUUGAAGCCAUCACCGGGGAUGUACAAUGCUAUAUUGGAAGAAUGUUUUCGAGAGAAAAACAUCAGUGAUGGGGUGAGGGUUCUUGAGCACAUGCAAUGUGCUGAUGUAAAGCCUGAUUCACAGACUUUCAGCUACCUGAUUAGCAACUCUGAAACUGAAGAGGAUAUAGUGAAGUAUUAUGAAGAACUGAAGCAAUCCGGAAUCGUAGCUACAAAGCAAAUUUUCAUGGCACUUGUAAAUGCUUAUGCUGCUUGCGGACAGUUGGAGAAAGCAAAAAAGGUAAUCUUAGAUCCAUUGAUACCACCAAAGAGCUUGAACCAAAUCAAGGGUUUUCUUGUCUCAGUACUUGCAUCACAUGGGAAAUUGUCUGAGGCUCUAGUUAUUUAUGAGGAAAUCAAGCAAUCUGGACACAAGCUGGAGGCAAAAGAAGUUACGAGUCUCAUUGAGCACACUCAUUCCGAGGGAGAGUUGGAUAGGUUGCUUCUGCUACUUAAGGAAUUGGAUGAUACAGACUAUUGGAAUGAUGCUUGCUGCAGAAUCAUCUUGUAUUGCAUUUGGAAUAAGCAUUUAAGUUCUGCUGUUGAAUUGUGUAAUCUGCUCAAGGAUAAGUUCCAAAGUGACGAGCAAGUUAUGGAAUUUCUCUUUGAUAAGGUAUUUUCUCUGAUUGAAGAGUCAGAAGAGUCCAGUCAUUUGCACACUUGCUCCGAGUUGCUUUCGGAAAUCAAGGAUAAGCUUGGGCUUUUGCCUUCACACAAACGUCAUGAUUCUCUGCUAUGUGCUUGUGCUAAUGCCACUGAUUUGCAUGAUUCUGAAUGAGGGUCCUUAAUAAGAGGGCUUUGUAUAGUGCGUUUCAUCAAGUUUGCUCUACAACUUCCCCAGCCAACAAUUUUUUGAUGAAUCAUACUUACCAAAUUCCCAUAUAAUCAUUUCUGCUUCCACAACAAUUUCAGAUUUGCCCUAACAAUGUUGCUAACAAGGAAAAAUGCAAUAUGAUCUUUACUCUGAUUAUAAAUAUGGAUAAAUAUUAUUUUCGUCCUUGAA